GGUUUCCAACAUUCCCACAACUGAGCAACAGACCUGAGUUCUUUGACAAGCUUCUUUCUCUGAGUGCCAGGUCUAUCCAAGACAGCAAGCCAUGUUUUCCCAGCAGCAGAAGCAGCCCUGUACUCUACCUCCCCAGCAGCAAUCUGCCUCCCAAUGCAAAGAGCCUUUCCACCCCAAGGAGCCACAGCCUUGCCAUCCCCAGGUGCCACAGCCCUGCCAUCCCAAGGUGCCACAGCCUUACCCUCCCCAGGUGCCACAGCCUUGCUAUCCCCAGGUGCCACAGCCUUGCCAUCCUCAGGUGCCACAGCCUUGUUUACCCACUGUUACUCUACCUGCUCAACAGAAGUGCCCACAGGUCCCCAAGACCAUGCAGAUGUAA